GUAAUAGUAACAACAACAACAACAACAACACAUCCGGUUCCAAGAAAGAGGAAUAUUAAUUGUGUAUUUUUUUUCCUUUUGCAGAACUCCCAUUGACUUUAACGCCUUCUGCAGAAGCCCAGAUGGUGCAGUCGCUGGGCUUUGCGAUCUACCGGGCCUUGGACUGGGGCCUGGACGAGAACGAGGAGCGGGAGCUCAGCCCCGACCUGGAGCGCCUCAUUGACCUGAUGGUCAACAGCGACUCGGAGGAGAGCAGCUGCGGCACGGCGGACGAAGGCUAUGGCGGCCAAGAUGAGGAGGACGAGGAGGAGGAAGAGGCGGCGGCGGCGGCCAGGGGGGCCCUGCGCGCCGUGCGCACCUUCCGCCAGGUCAUGCGGCUCUGCGCAUCGAGGCUCAGCCAGCCCCAAGAGGCCCAGGCGCACUACCAGGCGGUCUGCCGGGCCCUGUUCCUGGAGACGGUGGAGCUGAAGGCCUUCUUGGCCAAGAUCCAGGAGACCAAGGAGAUGUUGACGAAACUGAAGAAUGAAGACGAGGAGCUGAGAGACCGGUCAGUUGCAGACCUGGACAACCUGAGGAACACCGACUGGGCCCGGCUCUGGGUCCAGCUCAUGCGGGAGCUGCGCAACGGGGUCAAGCUCAAGAAGGUCCAGGAGAAGCAGUUCGACCCCUUGCCCACCGAGUACCAGCUGACCCCCUUCGAGAUGCUGAUGCAGGACAUCCGGGCUCGGAACUACAAGCUCCGCAAGGUCAUGGUGGAUGGGGACAUCCCUCCGCGGGUGAAGAAAGAUGCUCAUGCGCUCAUCCUUGACUUCAUAAGAUCCCGGCCGCCCUUGAGACAGGCUUCGGAGCGGCGGCUGCGGCCGAUUCCUCAGAGGCAACGGACGCUGCAUGAAAAGAUUUUGGAGGAGAUCAAGCAGGAGAGGAAGCUUCGGCCGGUUGAAGAGCGCUUCCAGAACCAGAAAGGGUUCGGAUCCGUGCCUUGCCUGGUGAAGGCCUGCUCCGGUGACGCCAAGUCCACCUCCUGCAUCAACCUCUCCGCCUCGGACUCGGGGACCCCGGUCCAGCAGCGCCAAAGACCCCGGAUCCUGCUGAAGGCCCCGACGCUGGCCGAGAUGGAGGAGAUGCUCACCUCCGAAGAGGAGGACUCUCCCGGGUCGGAGGCUUUGCAAGGUCUGGGGCUGAAGCGCGACCGCUCUUUUUCGGAGCAGGACCUGGCCCAGUUCCAGAGCGAGAGCCAGAGCAAUGCGCCGGAUGCCGAGAACGACGGAUACAGCGGGUCCGAACCCAGGCCCCGCUCAGGUACCCCCUCCGAUGCAUGGACCAGAAUCCAGAACCCGGGAUCCGUCCCGGCCAGUUACCACCCGGUGGUCCCUUGCGGCUCCAGCCCCUUCCCGGCCAAGCAGGGCUUCCUCAGCUCCGUGGAUGAAAAGUCCGAGGCCGGAUCGGGACCCCCUCCUCUGGAGUCCAGCAUGAAAUACUUGUGGCUGCAAGAGUUCAGCCACCCGGUGGAGAGCUUGGCCCUGACCGUGGAGGAGAUGGUCAAUGUCCGGCGGGUGCUGGUCAAGGCCGAGAUGGAGAAGUUCCAGCAAAGCAAGGAGCUCUACAGCAGCAUGAAGAAGGGCAAGAUCUGUUGCUGCUGCAAGACCAAGUUUGCCCUCUUCUCCUGGCCGCCCACCUGCCUCUUCUGCAAAAGGUCUGUCUGUGGUUCUUGCAGCCUGAAGAUCAAGAUGCCUUCCAAGAAGCUGGCCCACAUCCCGGUCUAUGCCUUGGGCUUCGAGACCCUGCCGGGCUCAUUGGGGCCCAAGGCACCCCCUUUCCGGAAGAAGGAGACCUUCCACCCCUUGCAGGGCACCCGCUGGCGGAGCGUGGAGGAGGAGUUCCCCUACAUCUACGCCCACGGCUCGGUGCUCAAGGACGUCUGCUCCGACUGCUCCGGCUUCGUCACGGACGUGGUCAGCUCCAGCCGCAAGAGCGUGGACAUCCUCAACACCGCCACGCCCGACCGGAGGAGCCGCAAGACCCAGUCCCUCUACAUCUCCUCCAGCUAGGCCCCCGACACCAUGGCCCCCAUCGUCCCCAAGCCUUUGGGUCACAAGCUGCACCGAAAGAGGAGCUGGAGAGGAAGCGCCAACGUCUCUGCUUUCUUGCAUCCACUCCGACACCCAUCGUCCCCGUCUCUGCCUGUGCUGUGUCUCCAAUGCACCAGAGAGGGAAAGGAGUCAAAUUCUUUUUUGGGUUCGGAAAGGAAGCCUCAACCUCUCCGCUUUCUAUCUUCCUUGCAUCCACUCCGACACCCAUCAUCCCCACCCGCCUGCAUCUGUGUAUACGUCCGUGUAUAUAUAUACAUAUCUAUAGACACUCUAUAUUUAUUAUCCACGGAUCCACUUGCUCCUGUCUUUCCUCCCUUGCGGCCCAGCCCUCUGCACAUGCUCUAUGGAAAUGGAGAAGACCAAGAAUAGUGUUUUAUGUGUUGUCGAAGGCUUUCAUGGCCGGGAUCACAGGGUUGUUGUAUGUCUUUCGGGCUGUGUGGCCAUGUUCCAGAAGCAUUCUCUCCUGACGUUUCGCCCACAUCUAUGGCAGGCAUCCUCUCAGGCCCUUUAUGUUGUAACCGCUUAAGCGGCUGAGAGGGAAAAGGAAAGGGCCUGAGAGGAUGCCUGCCAUAGAUGUGGGCGAAACGUCAGGAGAGAAUGCUUCUGGAACAUGGCCACACAGCCCGAAAGACAUACAACAAUCCAAUAGUGUUUUAAAUGGGCUGCAUUCCUUUCAUUGGCGUAUGGAGAUUCUGGUCAAAUUCCCUUUUCUUCUUCCUUUCCUUCCCUCCCUUGGGCCCCAGCCCUCUGCCCAUGCUCUAUAAAAAUAAACUUUACCCAUGCUUUGGCCAGGUCAGGCUUCAAAGGAAGAAAUUGCUGUUUGUGCCAAUCUACUUGCCCAGCUUCUCGCUGUUUUCGUUGCCUCUGGACUUCAACACAUGCCUUACGGACCCUGAAAUAAUAAUAAUCCACAAUUAGAUGGAAGGAGAAGAUUCCUCCUUGCCUCCCUCUUCCUUAGAAGUCCUCCCAGCAGCCGAUGUUUUAUACGCUGCCUGCACUGUAUAGAAUUGUAAAUAAAAUUGAAAGCGAACCAAA